CAGCGGGACAAGUGUACAGAACGCUGCAAGUUUGUACGGUGUGUUGGGCAGAAGGAUCGGUGUGGAGAUAUAACAAGCUUGGGCCACAGAAAGCAUACACCACCCAACACGCAAGUCCAUGACCAAAUGAAAUUGCACGCUUUGAGGGAGUCCUGUUUCCACGAUGCGUCUCUUGGACAAGCUUUUGCAGGCGAGGGUGCAGGCCCCGCUGGAGGAGCUGGAGUACCUGGACGUAUCUGACGCACACGUGGGUUGGCUGGAGGAGCUGGGUAAGUGUCCCAACGUGCAAGUGCUGCUUGCGAGAGGCAAUGCCCUGCGGGACCUCGACUCGCUGAGUCGCUGCUCACGGCUGUGGCACCUGGACCUGCAAAACAACCAGCUUGAGUGCGUGGCCGGCCUGGGCGUGUUCGUGGCGCUGGGAAGCCUCGACUUGUCCGGAAACCUUCUGCAGUGGCAGAGUCUGCAUGACCUCCGACCUCUGCACGUCCUGAACUUGCGGCUCCACGGGAACCCGGCUCUGCAGCGCGACCCUCACUACCGUGUCCACGCCGUGGACUCCCUGCCGCGCGUCUGGUCUCUGGACGGCCUCCUCGCGACGUCGACCGAGCGCCUACGCGUGGAGCAGUACGUUCAGGACGCAGCCCUGAGCCCGCGGCCCAUCAGACGGAAGUUUUCCAGGAUGGAGAUCUUUGUACCAUCGUCCCGUCACAACCUCAUGCAGACGUGCAGCUAUGGCGAACGGACGCUUCACUUCAUGCGAAGAUUUCCCUUGGAGGAGCCACACAACGUGGGUCUGGAUCAACGCCGUCUCUCCUAUCUGGCCUACACGGCGCAGGGGCAGACGCAGCUCGAGUGGCGCAGCGUGCAGGGGGAACGCUUGGGCAUCGACGUGACCGGCGCGCUCGAAAGCCUGGUCCACGAGGGACACAAGGAGCAGGAGAGACGCGGCACGCUGCUGGUGCUGCUCACGGCUGCCCUGGAGUUCCGUCUGCCGUGCACUCUGGUCCAGCAGGCCCUCCGGGCCACGGGGCUCAGCCACAUCAGGGAAAUGGACACGAGCGAACUGCUGCGACUUCCACGCAAGGUCCAGUUGCGGGUGGCCAGUCUGCUGCUCAGCGCCGUCCAUCUGGGCCGCGACGCUGGCCAGACGACGGUGGGACCACGUGACGACAUGCUGCACCUCGCCCUCUACUACGUACUCGCUGGAAUCGCGUGCCCCAAAGCUGUCGGCUCGAGGAACGGGCGGCGGUCUGAUGCGCGCGUGGCGAUGGCGCAACACCUGGCCAUCCUGGCAGCGGAGGCCUGCCCCCUGCUCUGCACGGCCCCCGUCUUCUUCACCCUCCUGGGGCUUGGCACCGGUGGGAGCGGCGGCGACGCCGGAUUGGAGCGGCUGCUGCGUGUGGCCACAGGAGACCCGGCCGUGUUCACCACCCUGGCUCAGCUCCUCUGCCAAACGUGGGCUGACCAUGAUCGGGCCGACUCCGCAGAUCCUCACGUCCGUGCGUCGAACUUCCUCCUCGGGAAGCUGUGGAGUGGCUGCCUCCCGCGCUGUUCCAACCCGGGCGCUCGACACAUCAACCCGCACUGCGUGCUGGUGACGGGGAAAGCUCUGCCCAGGAGGCCACUAUCCGGCGUCCUUCGCUCCACCGAGACGCUGCACAUGGGCCUGCGGAGCCCCCUCCGCGGAAAGCCGCGCGCACGGAGCGCAAUUCCGGGCCUCGCUCAGUCCCGGGAGCGAAGGCGUCCUGCAUUGGGGGACCUCGUGCUGAUGGGCCCUCAGCUAUUGGGGCGGAUUGUGGCACUGCCCAGGCCUGGCGUGGGACUCGUGCUUCUGCAGACACCUGCAGCACGUGUGGGCGGCUGCUAUCGUGGGCUGCGCCUGGCCGACAUGACCUGGGACGCUCACGUUGGCCAGUGGAGGCCUUCAGCCGCGACUGGGGACAGGGUUACCCUGAGCAUCGCCACACCUUGGGAGGACUGCUCCGUCACCCGGACCGGAACGGACUCGCCCAGAAGCUUCGCGUCUGCAGAUGAUGGAGCGAGCCGGAGGAGCCUAACGGCAAGGAGCGGAGGUCUUGAGUCUGGGUCAGAGACUGGAUCUGGGUCAGCGGUGAGGUCGGGGUCAGCGACCGGAGCGACGGAACUAAAUUACGCGCAGCUCGUCAUGGAGCAGCAACAGCAGCAGCAACAACAACAGCAGAAGCAACAGCAGGAGGAGCAGCAGCAGCAGCAGCCCUCAAACUCGCGCGGAGACACGACCCCGCGACCCCGUGGCAUACGACCUUCCACCUCCCGACUGCUCUCUUCUUCCCGGCCAAACACGGCGAGGCGUGGGACCUCCAAACCAAUACCAACACUCCCGGCUCAUGACUCAGCUGACUCCUCCUCGGUCCCAAGCAUCUUGCCUGACCGAUCUCAUCCGGAGGCAUGUGCACCAGGAGGGCCUCCCAGCGUGGUCACCCUGCCCGCUGUGGAAGAAGAAGAGUCGGGCCAAACGAACCGCAAACCUGACGGACGAGAGGAACAACGUGGAACGGCGCCAGUGGACAAUGCUUCUGGAGGCCCCAGAUCAGUGAAUAGCGGUGGUGGUGGUGGUUCAGGAGAUGUUGAUCCAGUGCAAAGCUGUUUAGGAGACCUUGAGCAAGUGGGGAAUGGGUCAGGAGACCGAGGGCAAUUACACAGCGUUUCAGGAGAUGCAAGUCCAGUAGAGAAUAGUCCAGUAGAUAGUGUUUUAGUGGGGAGUGGUUCAGGAGACCCUCAGCAAAUGGAGAGUCAUUCAAGAGAUACCAUACUGGUGGAGAACGGUUUACAGAACCCUGGACUGGUGGAGAGUGGUUCAGGCACCAUUGGUCCAGUGGACCGUUUGUCAGGACACCCUGUUCAAGUAGAAAGUGGAUCAGGACAGCACGAGACGGAUGAAAGUGGAAAACCACCCCUAGGGCCAAGAGAAAGUGAGUCACAGCCGCGUAGCCCCGACAGGACAGAGGCAGACCAGAUCACACAUGGCUAUCCAGGAGGCAGUGCCAAUUACAGCGAUGGGGGUGACCGGCCAAACCGCAACAACACCAAAGAGAUGGCCCCAGGGCGAUCAGACAGUGCCUCAUCGUAUCAAGCCCGCCGUGUCGCGAUCUGGAGGCACAGCGACUGCACGCCGCCCGACAGCGAACGGCUUUCGGCUCAACAGCGCGCACUCACUCGCAGAGGUGCUCACGCGCCGGUCUGGAGCCGACUGCUGCCAGAGGCUCGGAGUGCCGAUCGCGGCGCGAGAUCGGCGUCCGUGCAGAUGGCCAACCAGUGGCUGGAGGGCGGCUUGCGAUCACUUCGCUCGGCCGCCGAACGGAGGCCGGGUCACGUCCCGCGGACUGUCCAGGAGAGCGGGGCUCCGUCCGCUGCCGUGCGUCGUGGUGGAGAGGCGGGAGACUCGAUUCGCGGUCGGACAGUCGUGAGUUCGUAUCCGGGUCGAGGAUCGACUCGGCCGAUCAUCCCGCCGGGGUCGAUGCGGGAGGUGGAAUUAUUUUACUCGAUAGUGGAAGAAUAAAUGUGCCACAGAAUCAAACAAUCCGUUUUGUUUUCUUUCCAAAGAGAGAAAUUGAGCACUUUGAUGCGGGUUGUAAUGACAUCGAUAAAAAUAAGGUAAUUGUUUGUCAUGAAAUUGUUUAAAUAAAUCUUGAUUAACAGAUGAGGAAUGCUGCUCAGACACACGAAAUAAUGAGCACGGUACAUAAAUUAAUUAAAAUAGUUUUAUUUAAAAAGUGAUUUUUUUUACACGCUUUC